AUGGCCAUCAAACCAUCCGUCGCCCUCGUCUCUCCCCUCUGCAGCUCACACCAUCUCACCCACUGCACCCGCCCUUCCUCAUCUCCCCUAUGUAAACGCUUCAAAAGACAAUACGCCACCAUCCAAGACGCCAGCGAGAAGAAAUGGUCCGACUGGAAACCCUCUCCCGAAGACACCGUCCACGAAUGGCCAAAGUCGCCACGGCCCACGCCAUACGAAGUCCUCGGCGUUUCCAAGGCUGCCGUCUACGACAAGCGACGCUUCUAUCAUCUCGUCAAGCUAUAUCACCCAGACACGCAUGACCACAACCAUCGUCACGCACCCGUAUCACCCUCGUCCGUGCACAUCGGGAACAUCCCCCACGCCACCCGCCUCGAACGCUAUCGCAUGAUCGUCGCCGCCAACGAACUCCUCGGCAACUCCUCCAAGCGUCGCAUGUACGACACCUACGGCCUAGGAUGGUCCCACGGCGACCACGCCACGUCCCUGCGCGACAUCGACAAGAACUGGCGCCACCAACAAGGCACCGCCGCGAACAACGCCACCUGGGAAGACUGGGAACGCUGGCGGGAUGCCCAGGACGGGAAGUCGAGCGAGCCCGUGUACAUGUCGCAUGGGGCGUUCGCAUCCAUCUUGGUGCUCAUGUGUCUUGCGGGAGCCAUGGCGCAGACCAAUCGUGCCGAGGCGAGCGGCGCGCAGUACGUCGGGUGGGCGGCCGAUCACAGCGCUGAGAUUGGAGGCCGGCUGCGGAGGAACGGAACGGCGGUGGCUGGGCUCAGCAAGGAUGAGAGGGUCGACUACUUUUUGAAGGAACGCGAAAACGUCAAUUUUCAGUUUGUGCCGACCAAAUACGAGACGAGUGACCGCCCUAGGCCGUCAUAG